CGCAGGCAGAGAAGACAAGCCAGUAUUAGCACGAUGGUGUACUCUGUGUAUGCGUGUGGCUCCAAUGGUAGGCAUCAGCUGGGCACCAGGGACCACUGCGAGGAUCUCAGCGCACUGAGCAAGGUGUUUGAGAGCGAGGAGCGCAUAGAGAAGCUGGCGAGUGGUGGCAAUCAUACGCUGCUGCUGCUUGCCAGCGGAGAGCUCUACGCCACUGGGGAUAACUCAAGGGGACAGUGUGCGCUGUCUGAGGACGUGGUGAAGGAGUUCACGCUGGUUCCUACUGUAGGCCGUUCUAGAUGGGUCAAUUGCUGCUGUGGGUAUGAGUUCAGCGUGCUUCUGAACGAGUCUAAUGAGCUAUAUUCGUGUGGUGCUGGGCCCAAGGGAGAGUUAGGGCUGGGCACCGCCAUAGGGCACUCUCCAGGGCUGAAGCUGAUUGAUACGAUCCCAGGUAUCGUGGAGAUGAAAGCAUGUGUGGACCACGUUGUUAUAAGGCUGUGUGAUGGGAGGCUCAUGGCAUGGGGUAACAAUGGGCGAGGACGGAAGCUCAACGUGGCGACGCCUAAGACCGUGUGGAGCCCUGUUGAAGUUGGACAGGGCGAUAGGUAUUCGCUGGGGAGGGACUUCACGCUCGUGGAGGCCAACGGUGUGCUGACGGUCUGGGGGAACCAGAGGUUCCCUCAAGUACCCACACUGGCCAAAGAGUUCCAGGCCAUGUGGUCAUCGGUCCACUACAUCGACCAACAGGGCCAUAUUCAGUCCAUGGGCAACAACAGCCACGGACAGCUCAUCGCUGAGAAGCUGACACCAGACAGGUGGUGUGUUGGAAGCGAGCACGGGCUCAUGGUGAUCAGCGGCGAGCUGAGGGCAUGGGGCUGGGGAGAACAUGGCAACUGUGGAGAUCACGCCAACGGCACCCUACUGCUCCCACAAGGUGGUGGUGGUGGUGAUAUCUACGCGAUCCACUGUGGAUGUGCAACAACAUGGGUCGUAUUAAAGCAUAGCUAAAAACAAAAUGUCCUGAAGUAUCUUUCCCAAGUGUAACAUAUUCUAUAGAAGCACCAAAACGAGCUAAUCUAGAUACAAGAAAUGAGAAAUAUGUAAAGACUUCAGCGUUCAAUCUUGGGUGGUAGUAUCAACUCCAUACCAUGCACAGACAGAGCGCCUAUGUAUACGGAGUUUUCUUUUGAUCACACCCAGAGUCUCACGGACACUGGGCGCCUGAAACCUUUCAGAACCGCUUUGCGAGCGACGCUGCGCCGCUCAUCGCGCC